UUCAGUUAACCGCUUUUUCUGAGCAUCUAGAUAGAGGGCAGGACUAUCAGGUCACAUUUGCAUGUGUAAGCAAGCGCUCAUCCACUCCAAACACAAACAAUGAGGAAGUCGUUGGAGAAACAGUAUGCCACAGCAAAAACAUUCAAAGCCGGUCAUUUGUCACGCUGUUUCGACCAGAGCCUCGUAGGCCUAUCUCUCUCUCAACAGUGACUCUGCACAAGACAGCCGAUCAGGUGACAGACAUGGGGCUCUGCUCUUUAACACAUCAAAUCGAUGCCUUAAACAUCCUAAAUGACCUGCGAGCUCACGCGACGACCAGCAAUAGAGAUGGCGAGGGUCAGUGUCCAGGUGAUUUGAUGAAGGUGCCCCGCAGACUGAAGACUAUCGCGGAGAGAGCGAGAGAGAGCUGCCUCGCGCGUCUGCUCGAGAUACUCACGCAACUCAUAUCUAUAGAGGAAGAUUUUAUAAAAGACGUCGGUUACGGAAGGAGUUUCCUCAAGCAUAAGCACAGUGUUGACUUGAAGAACAUAUGCUUGAGAAUGGCUAUUGCAGAAGGCGGUUCUCGCUCGGACAGAGACUUGAGGGAACUUCGGGACUGUCUUCGGCUUAUUGUGGGUAACCUACUCGCAUAUGUGCGAGAGUUAAACAACCUCUCAUCCACCGAGACCACUCACAGACUGAGGGAGCUUUCUAACUCCUUCCCAGAAAUCUGAAGAUCAGUAUCACUUUGUGUAUUCUAAGGAACUACCUCAGGAGCAGAUACGAAUUGAGACACUACCUUUUUUUUUCUCAGGAAAUAAACAAGCCGUGAGCUAUCUGUGAAUCAUCUGUAAUUUUUGAUAAGUAAUGUGAUGCUUCAGAUUCCGAUUGAAGGUGUUGAGUGUUUUGCCAUGAAAGCUGCCUAUAGAGUUGGUUCAUGUUUAUUGUCAGUACUAAAGCCUAAGCACAACAUUCUCUGGACACAUACCAGUAUCAUGCAUCUGUGCUCAGCUGACUGUACGAGUAAAACAAGUCUAACAGCUGAUGGUGAUGUAUCCACUCUCAACUCAGUGGGUGGAAUGGCCGUCACACCUCAGGAUGGGCUGGUGUGGCCGCCUUUGUCACCUGCUAAAAAGUAAGAGUUAAGGAAUGAAUUGGGCGGGGGAGGGUGUGUGAAAGUAUGCAUUUGUUUAUGUGUAUUCCAACUUUAUGACAUUGCAGUGUAACUAUGUUCCAAAUGGAAUGAUUUUCAGUGUUACAACAAACACAAUUAAUCGUGAAUAACUGAUUAUGAAUUUAAGGUAUGACUCUUUAAUUGUUGGUUUGAGCAUUCUGAAAUGAAUAUACACUUUUUGCUCUGUUUGCGAAUGAUACUGUAGCAUUUGUAGAAUCUUCUCUUGUCACUAGAUGGUGCACAAAACCAGCUUUUUACUAAUAUAAACAUCUUGUGCUCCACUCUCUGAAGAUAAUUCAAGUGUUUUUUGGGGUCUAAUGUGAAUGAACAGUGAUGCUCUGGCCCAAAAACUACUGGAGAAUUAUAUCAAACGUAUAAAUGUUUAUC